UGGUUACACACCAUAGAAUUUCUGUUUCCUUUUUCUUCCAGUUUGUGAGCAGAACGAAGAGCAUGGUCUGACAUGUUCCUCAAACACCUCUGAUACACAGUAGAAUUCAUGUUGGAUUCCGAGAUGGAUGAAGCAACAAUCCAAGGCAGCUAAAGGCCAAUGUCUAUAAAUCAGUGUGGCUGAAACUACAGAUCAUGGAACUUCAUAUUUCCUCAAAGGGGAUUUUUCUGCUGGCGACUCUUCAAGGUUGGUUCCCAGGCUCAGAGUCUCAGGAUCCCUGGGUUUAUCUCCCACAGUCCAUCACAGCACUGAAGGGAUCCUGUGUGGAGAUCCCCUGCACAAUCAAUGUGAUGCCUACAGACUUCCAUCUGAUCUGGUACAGGGAACAAUCAUUUGCUGACCCAGAAAUCUUCAAUAACAAAAACCCAAUCAAUAACGAAUUCAAAGACAGAACUUCCCUGGUGGGGAACAAGUCAAACAGCUGCUCCUUGAGGAUUGAUGACGUGAGAGAUGGAGGAACAUAUUAUCCGUGUAUAAAUGUGAAUAUCAACUGUAAUAAGUACAAAGGAUUUAAUAAAGUGCUGGUUCAGGUCUCAGAUACUCCAGACAAGCCAGUGCUAAAGUUGCCCACUAAUCUGACUGAAGGUGCACCUGUCCGUAUCACCUGCUCUGUACAACACACCUGUACCCACAAUCCCCCUGUGCCCCAAUGGAACAAAGUCGGCUUUAACAAAACAGAUUGGAGAGAAGAACUUGAGGGCGGAGUCUGGAGAUUUGUACAGGAAAUGGAUUAUAUUCCGACCUAUCAGGAUCAUGGCACUCCUAUUAUAUGCAGAUCUGAAUAUCCAAUGGGACGAGUCUCACAAGAAAGUCUCAUUUUAAAUAUCACAUAUUCUCCAAAAAAUGUAACGAUUAGUAAACUUGAUGGUGGGAAGGAAAUAAAAGAAGGAGAUCAAGUCACUUUACAAUGUACCAGCACUGCCAACCCUCCUGCUCAGAACUAUUCCUGGUAUCACAUUAAGAAAGAAAGAAAGGAGGAGCUGAAAGAACGCGGGGAGAAUAUAACUGUGACUAUAAACUGGGAGAAUAUGAAGUAUUCCUGCUCUGCAAGGAAUGAAAUAGGAAAAAAAGAUUCUUCCAUAAUGGAUCUGUACAUGUUCUUUUAUGCCAAAGUGGUCCAAAGUGGAGGAAAACAAAACCCCAGAGAAGGAGAUACCCUGGAACUUGAAUGCCUCUUCUUACAGAAUAACUUGCCAUCAGCCCAGUACAGCUGGUACAGGAUCGGAAUUCCCUUGAAUAAUGAGACACAAAGGAUACUGAGAAUAUAUGAUGUUAAGGAAUCUCAUUCUGGGAAUUACAGCUGUGAGGUGCACACCCAGAAUGGAAAUUUCUCUUCCCUAUCAUUUACUGUUACAGUAACACCACCAUUGGCCCGAGAUGAUCUGCCCAUGAUACUUGGAGGUGUAGCGACCAUUAUAUUCAUUUUGCUAAUAGGCCUUGUUCUGUAUAUCUUUGUUAGGUCAAGAAAAUUCCAGAAAACAGCUACUUCUGCAAAAAGAAGAGUAGACACGGUUGUCCAGGAAUGCAUUAAUCCAGUGUAUGAGAAUAUACAGCCAAAGAGCCAUUACUGCGACGUUACAGUAAAUGAAGAAGACCCCAGUAAUGGCACUGAGAAAAUCAGCUUCAGUCAGAUGGAGAGAGAAGAUAUGUAUGCACAACCUAAUAAGAAAAGAGACACGGUCCAAUACACUUCAAUCAAACAUGUGCCAGGAGCUCGAGUUGCCAAAGAGCUGAAACAUGAAGAAAUACAAUAUGCCAGUAUACAGCAUUAGACUUUUUGGUUCAGAACAGUUGUAUUUUCUCUGUAAAAUGUUGUGCUAAUUUCUUGCUAUUUCUUUUAACUUCAUCCAUCUAUUUGUUGCUGGAAACACUGUUCUUCCAUCAAAAUCAAAAAAUGAAAUUCCUUUAACAGGUCCACUUCCUAAAUAUAAACCUAUCUACAAUAUACUUCAAUAAAAAAUUCUGUACCCUGUGCUCCAGCUCCCCUUCUCUCCAUGCACAUUGACUUCAGCCUGCAUGAAUUCCUCAACCCAGGCUGGCCAGCCGGUGGUUGCGGUUGCUUUACUUCAAAACAAUCUCCUAUCCUCCAACUUCUGAAGUGUCAGGAAAGCAGUGCAGGUAGUUGUUACAGAGGUUAGCUUUAAUCAGGAAUGAACAGAUAAAUUAACCUAAGUAUAGCUUAUCAUUUUGCAGCCAGCAGCCGGCCUGGCCAGGUUGAGGAAGGCUGAAGUCCAUGCACAAGGAGAGAAGGGGAACUGGAACACAGAAGAAAAUGGUUUUUAUGAAAACUAUACAGAUUUUUUGAUCAAAGCAAAUUGAGAUAGCUUUAAGUCGACCAGUUAAAGUAAUUUUAUUUUCUUCACUUUACAUCCCCCAUUAAUGCUUCUACCAACCCCAAAUAUCCAUAUUCGGUGGUCUACAACUUCCAUCGUCUGGAGCUGGUGGACAAAAUGGACCAAAGAGACAACUGGAAGACUCCAAUAUUGGAUCAUUAUCAUUAUUAGAAGUGAGGGUCAGCCAUUUAUCUUUUAAAAGUGAAAUUACAGAAGAAUGAUUGUAAACAUGACUUAACAAUAAUUGACUUGAUGGUCCUGCAACUCAAGACUUAUUUAUCUUUAUUUGCCCAGUGAUAUAAUACUCAUGUUUCAAUUCUAAAAGAGUGUGAAUUUGCCCUCUCAACCCUACUAAAAAAUACAAAAGAUGAACAGAUUUAAAAUGAGAUGAAAUGGAUUGAAAGUCCCCUAUUCUAGUGCUAUUGCAUUCCUUGUACUCCAGUACACACUGUCCAGAAAGCCAAAUUAUGGAAAGGCCGUCUCCCAUAGACUCCAUUUUAUCCAAAUAAUACACAUUUUUAAAAAUGAUUUCU